UGUGCGCGGCUGGAGCUGGUCUCCAACACUGGGUGGGGUCUUUCUGCUGCUCUGGUUCUAUCGCCCUGCAGGCCAGGGAUUUUAUCAGGCCAAACUGUGGGAUUCUAUCUGCUGAUCUCGCUCUGCUUUUGUUGCUUAUCUGCAAGGAUUCGCUGCUGGCAGCUCACUGGUCACCAGGGCAGGACUACCUGAGGACACAGAGGACCAGGGGAGCGGCGCUCUCGCAGAACCCAUCCCACUGAAGGACCGCAUGGCCAUGUACCAGGCAGCCGUGUCCAAACAGGACACCUCCAGCUACUCCAGCGGGGUCAUGGAGGAGUCAGAGGUCUGCUCUUUGCCUGGGGGACUCGCCGGCGUACGGAAACAGUUUGAGGGAAUUGCAACAUCACAAAGCUCUGUCGCCCAGUUCCAGUACCAGCAGAGAACUAUGCAGGAAGUGUCACACACAUCCGAGGUGACAGUGAAGAGUAACACCAAAGAAAGUGUCCCGCCCCUCAUGCAGGCUCAGAUGCACCACCAUGAGAAGACAGUAUAUAAUCAAGCUGUUGACCAGCAUAUGACCUCCAACUCUGAAAACCAUGUUGAUGGAAAUGCAGAGGAGGUUGAUGAAGAUGAUUUAUCCAGACUCACUGCCAAAGAACUGGCCAAGCAUUUUGAAAAAAACAUCGAAGAGGCAACUCCCAGAAAGCAGAUUAAGAUUGAUCGUGGUGUCAGCAAGUUUAACUGGUUUCCAGAGGUUAACGUGUGCCAUCACACACCCGACUCUGAGGCUGCUGCCCUACCAUAUGACAACAACACAGCACAAGAAGAGGCCUCUGCCUGUGCCAUUGACUCUGAUGACUUGGACUAUCUCCCACCUCCACCACCAGAUUUACUAGAGGAGCCUUCAGACGUUCUUGAGGACCUGCCUGCGCCCCCUGAGCCUGCAAACUCAAACGGUCACCAGUGUCCAGUGCAUAAAGCCCACCAAGCCAAACAGCGCGAGCUGCUGGAGUUGAAGCGUCUCUGUAAGCACAUCCACCCCGAGGUCAGGAAGACCCUGGAGAAAGAGAUCUACGAGGAGGAGUUCCAGUGUCCUCACCAUCACCACCAUCACCACCAUCACCACCACCACCACUUGGAGACUAACCAGGAUGAAAACGACGAGCAGCAGUACGAGUAUGAGAACAGCGGAAGCAAUGGCAGCCCAGACAGGGAGUACCUCGAGUGGGACGAGAUCCUCAGGGGCGAGGUGCAGUCCAUGCGCUGGAUGUUUGAGAACAAGCCCCUGGACGCCAUCAAGGACGAAUCAUCCGAUCCCGAGGAAGCCAAGAAUAGCAGCCAACAGGAAAUGAUCGCCAGGGGUGACGUGAGACAGACAGCCUGGAUGUUUGAGUCUCAGGCUCUAAGUUCUGCUGAACAGAGGAACACAACCGAGGAAUCUUACAGAGGAGAUGUGCGCUCAGCUGCCUGGAUGUUUGAAAACCAGCCCCUUGAUAGGCUUAACCGCAUGCACGUUGGUGAGGAGGAACAAACCAAAGAGGUAGUCUUCUCUGAAGAGGUAGUGAAGGGUGAUGUCAAAUCGGUGAGACAUAUGUUUGAAAAUCAACUCCUGGAUUCUUAUGGUGUCACUGAAACUAUUGAUGAACACCAUCUUUUGACGCUGAGGUGUCGGAACGAGGACAUCCAAGAUGGUGUGAAAAUAACCAUCUGGAAGUUUGAGACUCAGUGCAUGUGUGUGCUCAAAGAGCAGACAGGUGAAACAGUCGAGAUCACCUCUGUUCGUCGCGAAGAAACCGAGAAGGGAGACGUCAAGACGUCAAGGUGGCUAUUUGAGACUCAGCCACUGGAUAAGAUCAACAGAGACCUUUCUUUUGUUAGACUUGUGUCCGGUGUUUUCAAGGAGGAUUACCAUCAGGAUGACGUCAGCAAGUGCAGAUGGCUGUUUGAAACCAGGAUGUUUGAUGCCGUACAUGACGAGGAGUGGGAACGUUCCAAAAUUGAGAAGGAAGAAAUUCUUGGAGCUGACGUACGCAAGCACUGCAUGGUUUUCGAGACACAACCGAUGGAUACCCUAAAAGACAACUCUAAUGCCAGACCUGUGACCACGGAAGACAUUGUUAGAGGCAAUGUGAGAUCUGCCAGACACUUUUUUGAAGCAGCACCUCAAGAGUACUUAAAGGAUCUUGCUGAGGUGGGAAAGCUUAAAAAGGCCAUGCAAGCUGAAGAAGAUAAAGGAGACGUCAGACACCAGAAAUGGAAAUUUGAAAAUCAGCCGCUGGAGAAAAUAAAGGAUGAAGAUGUGGAGGUGGGCAAACUCAAGACAGUGGUAGCAACUGAGGAGGAGAAAGGUGAUGUUCGACACCAGAAAUGGAUGUUUGAAAAUCAGCCGAUUGAGCACAUCAGAGAUGAGCAGAAAGAGCUGGUUCGCACGGUUAAUCUAGAGGAGUUCCACUCCGAGUCUGGCUACAAAGGGGACGUUCGCAAAAACUGUUGGGUAUUUGAAACUCAGCCAAUGGAUACACUGAAAGAUGAUGCAAAUGAGAGACCGAUGUCAGCUGAGGAAAUAGUUAGGGGUGAUGUACGAUCAGCCAAACACUUUUUUGAAACGGCCCCAGCAGAAGACCUCAAGGAACUUGCAGAUGUGGGCAAACUGAAAAAGAUGGCGGCGUCUGAGGAGGAGCGGGGUGAUGUGAGACACCAAAAGUGGAGGUUUGAGAGUCAACCUCUGGAACAAAUCAGAGACGAAGAGAAAGAAUUCAUACGUACUGUGAACCUAGAGCAUCUUGAUAAGGGGGAUGUAGCAAAUUACAAGCACAAGUUUGAAACCUAUGACCUGAACAAAUAUGAUGAGACACAAAAGAUCCAAGUGGAGGGAGUAACCUGGGGUGCCGUUCAAUCCAGUAAGGACCGUUUCGAAGGCAACCUUACAUAUGCUCUGCAGGACAGCUCCGGCCACUAUCAUGAGGUCAAAACAGUUCGUCGGGAAGAAAUAGUCAAAGGUGAUGUAAGAAGCUGCCAAUGGAUGUUUGAAACACGACCCAUCGAUCAAUUUGAUGAAAGUGCCACCAAGUUACAAGUCAUUAAGGGCAUAACACAAGAGGAAAUUGAGUCAGGUGAUGUAACAAUGGCUAAAUGGCUUUUUGAAACACAACCUCUUGACGCAAUUAAAUAUUUCAGCAACAUUGAUGAUGAAGAAUGUGUUACCCAAGAGUCUGAGGAAAUUGUGAAGGGUGACGUCAAAACCUGCAAGUGGCUAUUUGAGACUAAACCGAUGGAUGUCCUCUAUGAUAAGGAGGAGAUGAAGAGCGAUGCUCAAGAGGUUCACAAAGGAGAUGUGAAGUCCUGCACAUGGCUCUUCGAAACUCAGGAUCUUGAUGCAAUCAAGGAGGAUUCAGAGAAUGUGCUAAAAGUCAGUACAGUGAGCCAGGAAGACAUUCAGGGCAAAGAUGUACGGAUGGCUCGCUUCCUAUUUGAAACAGAGGAUCUUGAAAACAUCAUAGGAGAGGACAAUGAGUCUUUUAAGAAAGUUACUGAAAUUGACAUUCAGUCUGGAGACGUGUCCCAUAUGAAAUAUAAAUUUGAGACAUGUGACGUUGUGACCUCAACCUCUGAGGAAGUCUUCCAGAAGCUCAAAACUGCACAUGCAGAGGAUAUCCAGAGAGGAAAUGUUGUCAACAAUAAGUGGUUGUUUGAAAACCAACCCAUCGAUGCUAUAUCUGAGACUGAUGAACAGAGAAAUACCCGCACAGUGACAGAUGUCCAGGGAGGAAAUGUGGAUAAAGGACGAUUCAUUUUUGAAACAUGCUCUCUGGACCAAAUUCAGGAGGUGUCCUCUGAGUCAGAGAUGACUAGAUUGCAGAAAAUUCUGUGCCAAGAAGAUGAGAAAGGUGAUGUUAGGAAUUAUGCCAAUAUGUUUGAAACACAGCCAUUAUACGCUAUCCAAGACCAAGAGGGACAAUACCAUGAGGUGACCACGCUCACCAAAGAAGAAGUUCUGAAGGGCGAUGUGGUCGGCGCCAGGUGGAUGUUUGAAACAAAGCCUCUUGAUUCGAUCAGAGACUCUGACGAAGUGUACCUCAUCAAAGCAGUGACUGAGGAAGAUGUUGUAAAAGGUGAUGUUAACUCAGUCAGGUAUAGAUUUGAAACACAACCACUAGACACCAUUGCUGAAGACAUGAAAGAAAGAACAAAAACCGUGGAGGAUGUCCAAGGAGGGGAUGUAAAAUCAAAUAAAAAUCACUUUGAAUCUGAUCUGAUGUCUGGGAACCUGGUGCGAACAGUUAGUAUGAGUGAAAUCCACAAAGGUGAUGUGAGAACUGCUACAUGGAUGUUUGAAACUCACACCAUAGAUAAAAUACAUGGUGAAAACUCUGAUGAAGAGACUGAGGUUGUUGAAAAGGAGGAAGACGUUAAAGGAGAUGUGAGAUCUGCCACCAAGCUCUUUGAAACCACCCCAAUCACUGACUUCAAUGAGAGAAACCUUGAGAAAACUGAAAUCAUGGGCAAAAGCAUCAAAGAGACCCUCAAUGAUCUCUUCAGUCAUAAAAUGGUGGACUCAAAGGGCAUACUUAUCCAGACGGAUGAGAUUGGGGAUAUCAGAAUGGCAAAGUACAACCUGAUGAACAGGGACGCCCCUGAGAUACAGAAAGAGGAUGUCAUUAGAGGAGAUCUCCAGAGCAUCAUGAUGAACCUCCUGAACCGACGCGAGUCUGAAGUGGGCCGCAUCAGGGUAGACACAGAGGAGAGGGCAGACAUCAACAGCACGGUUCAGCAGCUGUUCAGUCAAAAGGACAUCAACGUUGAAAAAGAAGAAAUCAUUAGGGCAGACAUCAACAGCACAGUCCAACAGCUGUUCACUCAGAAGGACAUUAACGUUGAAAAAGAAGAAAUCAUCAGGGGAGACAUUCGAGAGGCCAUCAACAACCUCCUGAAGGAGGAGAACUCCGCCAAGAGUGGUAUUCUGCUCCAGGAGGAUGAGAAGGGAGACGUCCAUAUGACCAUCUACUCACUUCUCAACAAGCAGGACGACACCGCAGUUGAAAAAGAAGACGUUGUCAGGGGUGACCUACAAAGCGCCUUACAGAGUCUAUACAGCUCAGACGAAGGGCGGUUGGUGAAAAUCCAAGUGGAUGAGACAGAAAAGGGCAACGUCCAUUUCUACUCUACUUGCAUCGAGUCAGGAGCAGUGGAUUACCUGAAACAACUCCAAGCAAGUUCAGAGGAAGACCUGUCAAACUGCGUGGAGAAAGAAGAAAUAGUUGGAGGCGAUGUCAAAAAUACAAAACGUGUACUGCAAAACAAUCAAAUGCAAAUUGAGCGCACAAUAGACAAAGAUGGCAUCGUUCGAGGAGACAUUCACAAUGCUGUCAAAGUUUUCACGACAGAGCCUCAACUAGAGAAACUACAGAAAGAGGAGAUAGUCAGAGGUGAUUUGCAGGCUACUCUUCACUCCCUGACAGAGUCUGUAAACCAAAGAGUGAUGCUGGAGAAAGAGGAAGUAAUAAAAGGUGACAUACCUGCAGCUCUCAGGUGCUUGGAGGAAGCCCAGUAUCAACCCAAAGAUGUGGAAAAACCCGAAAUUGUAGCAGGCAACAUCAAAGGAGCGCUUAGGUCGCUUGAGGAAUCAGCAACCAGCAAAGUUGGAAUUGUAAUUGAAGAUUUAGUGCCUGGAGACAUCAAAGGUGCUUUAAAAUCACUGGAGGAGGCAAAACAAGCUGUGAGAGGGAUGGAGAAGGAGGAGAUUGUUAAGGGGAACAUUCACGUGGCCCUGCAGAGCUUGCAUGAGGCUUCUAACGAGAGAAGAGUUCUCCAUCAAGAAAUUGGUGUCCAGGGAGACGUGAGAGGUGCUAUUCAGCAGUUGCUGGAGCAGCCGGCCUCUCCUCAGCCACAGCGGAGGCCAAGCAUUGAAGGUGAUGUAAAGAUGUCCAUUAAAUCUCUAUAUGAAAUGCAAGACCAGGCACAGGAGGAUAAAGAGGAAGUUGUAAAAGGGGAUGUUAAAGGCACAAUAAAAUGUCUGCUGGAAACAGCAGAGCGGGCCAAUACUAAAAUCCAGAGAAAACAGGCGACCAGAAAGGUUAGAUUCCCGAAAGCCCCGCCACAUGAAGAGCAUGACAUAUGCUGUACUUGUGCCUUGGAGAAAAUGAAAUCAAAUUCCGCUGUGAAAAAUCUGCAACCUGCACAAUCUACACAAACGACUGUCAGCACAGAGGAGUCCCACACAGGCGAACAGACACAGACAACUGUGAUGGAGCAUAACACAAUCACACAGAAUCAUGGCAUUAAGACACUGCGGACAGAGUUCAGGAACCUCAAGACAAAUCAAAAAGGCAUGAUCAAGCUGGGCACCAAAGUUAAGACACAAGUCAUACGCGUGCCUCUUACUCCCUCCCCUCCUCCUUCUCUGCCUGAGCUCCCCCUCCCACCCCCACCCCCAGCACUGCCAGAGUGUGAGCCGUGCCCAACACCACCUCCUCCUCCUCCUCUCCUCCCAGGCGAUAAUGACCUCCCUCCCCCUCCUACCCCUCCUCCUCCUCCUCUCUCUCGUACUUCCUCACAGUUCGAUCUGGACAUGUUACCCCCACCACCUACUCCUCCACCUUCCAUGACGGAGUUGGAUUUCCUUCCCCCUCCUCCCUCUCAGCAGGAGCUUGAUGCUAUGCCAUCGCAGACCCCCAGUACUUCUGUCAAAAAGGCAAAGAAGAUGACGGUCAAAAAGGUCAAAGUCCCUGAACUGUGUAAAGUGCCAAAGCUCGAGCCAGUGGUUUCACAGAAAAAACUUGAAAAGCAGGAGUUGAAGGAGGAACAAAAGUCUGUGUCACAUGUGACCUCGACAAGUGUCAAGACAGUACAGGAGAUCAGUAAAACUGAAAGUAAGAAAAGCAGCACAGUAUCAUCCACAGUCACACACACUUCAGAGGCAACGACUAAGCCAGAGUCACCUCUGCAGGCUGCAAAAAUUUCAACGGUGAAACUAACCCCACCUCCCUCGCCAACUCCAAAGCGGAAAUCAAAAUCAAAAUCCAAUUCUUCCAAAUUCAAUACCCCCUUAAUUUUGUCCGAGCAAAAAUACAAAAAAGAGACAGAAGAAUUGAAUCCGCCUGCUAGUCUGGCACCGUUUGAAAUUCAAAUGCACGAGUCAGUCAGCUCUGCUCUAGUAAUGCUUUCCACACAGACUCAAAGCACAGAGCAAUCAGAGAAGAGCAUAGCAUUUGAUUUCACUCACGAGCAUGCUGAAAAGACUGUGACCAAAGCUGAAUCAGACACACCAUCGCAUGAAUCAUCCAAGCACACCGAGCCGUCAGACGCUCCCCCAAGCAAGCCUUUGAUCUCUGACAUAAAUGAGAAAUCUCCCCCGGAAUCGGCCGUGAUUUCCCCAGCUAAACAGAACAUUACCUCUAAUCAGACUUCUCUUGCUUCGUCAACAGUGCAACACAAGACCGUCUCGACUAAAAAGCACAAAACUAUUACCACCAGCAUGCAACAGGUGUCCUCCAUGUCCUCCAUGUCCACCAUGUCUGCCAUGUCCUCUGUUCAGUCUGUCUCUGCUGUGAACAGCACAACCUUGUUGACAGCCUCUGCAAAUGUAUCUACUGAUGCGGAACAGUCUGAAACUGCCCUUAAAAACGUCACAGAGACCAAAGUGGAGAUCAUAAAAGAUGUUACAAAUCUUCCAAGUAAAUCUCCUAAAACUGGCAGGAAGAAAGCUGACAAGGGGCAGGCCAAAACCUCCCCUGACUCGGGCAAACAAGUCAAGGAAAGUGUAGAUGACAGCAUUACCACUGCAAACCCACAGGUGCCCAAAACAAAUGGGCAAAAAGCGAAGAAAUCCAAAAAGGCUGCAAAACAGGAGGGGGCCACAGAGAAGCCACAGGCUGUAAAGGCGGAUGAUAAGGAGGCACAGGACACGGGGGAGAAAAAAAUCCCCGAGACAAAAGACAAAGAAGUGAAGGAGGCAGAGCACACCAGUGAGAAAAAAAUCCCAGAGACAAAAGCAAAGGAUGUCAAGGUGAAAGAGAUGAAUCAAAGGCCGAGUCGCGAGGCCUCUGUGGAAUCUAAAGAUGGCAGAGAAGGCAAAUCAGAGAGCCGUUCUAAAAAGAGGAGGAGGAAGGCAAAGAAGGAUAAAGAGGCAGGCGCACAGCAAACUCCCGCUGCCUCCCCUGCAUUGCCCAGGAAGGCGGUCAGUGAGAAGUCAUCUGAGGUUGUGGUGGUGCAGACACAGCAAGCUGUCCUGCAGGAGCACAUUAAGGUUCAGAAAGAGGAGGUGAUUAUCACGGAGAGUAAAGUUGAGCAGAGCAUUCAGCAACAGGCUUCAGUCAAACAUCAAAAGCAGGCCAAGAAAAAGAAAGGGGAAACAAGCAUCCAGUCGAAUCAAGAGAAAAAGGAUGAAAGUCGAGAAGUGACAAGCAAGCCAGCACAAAAAGAACCCACAAUGUCCUGGGCAGAUAUCUCUGAGGCGUCAGACAGACUUGGAGAGGUAGAGAGGUUGCUGGCUCAUAUCAUUGAGCUGCAGGGGACCUUUGGGAAAAUGGACUCAAAGUCUGUGAAGACGCUGCUCAGUGAAGUUCCUGAGUGGCUGAUAGAGCCUGAGGAGAGGGCUAAUUUGGAGCGAGAUGCCGACAAAAGUAGUGGAGAGAAACUCAAGGACACUGUCGCUUAUGUCGAAAAUAUUGUACAAGCCAAACUGGUAUCUCUACAGGGUAUCCAAGCAACGGUGGAAAAACAUGAAUCCGAAUCCACAUCUGAAAAGGUUACAAUGCAAAGAGUCUCAAAAAUAAGCAUCGGUUCAACUAAAGUUGAAUCUUCCAAAAAGAAGAAGUCUAGGUCGCAGACAAAAGAGCUGAACAUAGUUCCGGUAAAAACAAUCGACCCCCGUGCGCCGUCACCUUCCCUGCGCAUGCGUCCACCCUCGCCCACAUUCAUCACCAUUCAGUCCACUAAGAGAACAGACUCACCACAGAGAGUGGCCCCCUCGCCUCCCCCUCUCUUCAGGGCAGCCACCCCACCGACGCCACCCCCUCGCAGGUCGGAGAAACGCGUGAGCAGGGCCACGGCGUCGCCCUCGCCCUCGUCCAACCUCUCCAGGUCGGACAGCCUCACCAGGCUGAGGGAGGCCACCGCCAAACUCUCCCGUGGAGCCUCCCCAGACCCAGUGCCACACCCUGUCCAGGUCACUCCGAAGAGAGCUGAAGUUGUGGCAUCCCCGGUGGCAUUCCACCGACAAAUCAAAAUCGAGGGGAAGGCCCCUGAGGCAGAGAAGGCUCCUGAGGCAGAGAAGGCCUCUGAGGUCAAGAAGGAUCCUGAGGUCAAGAGGGAUCCUGAGGUGGAGAAGAUCCCUGAGGUGGAGAAGAUCCCGGUUGAGCCUUCAGAGGCUCCAGAGGGGGCAGAUGAACUAACGGAGACAGUGUCAGUGAGAGACAAAAAGGAAUUCUUUGAAGAGGCACGCAGAGCGGAAAAAAACAAGACGUACGUGCGAAAGGAUCCCAUUGACAUCCCUGAGCGCUUGGGCCCCGACAACGACGAGCCAGAGACAGAGAAAGAAAAAGAGGAACUCCCCAAGGUUGACCUCUCCGGCCUCCUCAACAAAUUUGAGACCCCUGAGGAGAAAGUGUAUAGCAGGAAAGACCCCAUCCACAUACCAGAGCGGCUGGGUAGCGAUAUGGAAGACUGGGACUGGGAGACUGAAGCAGACAAACAAGCCACUCAAGAGGAGGAGAUGCCGGCGUUCGACAUCAAGACUAUUAAAAAUGUUUUUGAAAUGAGUGAGCAAAGCCUCCCUGUCAAAGAGGAGGAAAACAAACAGGAGGAGCUGGAUGCCGAAGUGAAGGAAAUCACAUCGGAGGCUUCAAAGGAAGAAGACUCCCGCGAGACGAAGCCCAGCUCCCAGCUGAACCUGCCUCUGCCUCCUCACAAACAAGAGCUAACAGAGAAGUCGGUUGACCCAGCAGGGUUUUCCGAAACAAAAACAACCUCAGAGCAAUACUCCGGAGUGGACGAAUUUGGCAACAGGAUAACCGGAUCAAAAACCAUAACCUCGGUCUCCCAGCGCUCCGAGAGUGUCAGUGUGGCUCCGCGCGUGCCUUUCUCCUAUGCCGACGCCGUGAGGAAGAAGGCCUCAGAGGCCGCUGCGGCUGCCGCUGCGGCUGAUGCCGCUCAGGCUGCGGCUGCGGCGGAUGUCUCCACGGACGAGCUGCUGAAGAACUUCCAGGAGACGUGGAGCGAGAGUGAGAUCGUGUUUAAGAGCCUCGGAUACAGCGUCUCCGAGGAGUCGACUUCACAGAUUACAACACAGCAGAAGAAGACCGAUUCGAGUUCCAAAGUCAGAGCUGUGCGCGGCGUGUCGAAGAAGGGUGUUUCCAAUGGAGUCUCUAAUCGCAGACAAAAAGAACUUCCAUAAAUCCUGUUUCUCCUGCGAGCACUGCAGGAGUAAAUUAAGCCUUGGCAACUACGUCUCUCUCCAUGGACAUUUGUACUGCCCCCCGCACUUCAAACAGCUCUUCAAGAUCAAAGGAAAUCUUGGUGAAGGAUUUGGACAAAAUGAUCUACUGGAUUUGCACAGCUCACAACACCAACUUCAUAACACAGACAGCACCAGCAUUAUUGUUCCCACUGCGAGAGCAGAGUGGAGAUACUCUGUCUCACAGAGCAGUGUCUAUUCGACAGACAGAGAGAGUCUCAUCGCCACCACUGACAAAGAAACAGUCAAACCAGCGGGAAAAACAGGUCACAAUGCCAGCAAAAUAUCCCUGACAUGGCCCCCAGAAAAAGACUCCCCCCAAAGAUCUUUAUUCAUAGACUCAGACAUAAAAGUUGUCAAACCAGACUGGCCCCCCAAAAGUGAGGCACCCAAGUCUCCAAAAUGUCACCAAAGAAAAGCAAUCCCAACGAGCUAGGGACACAGGCACAGAGGCAAAACCAGCAUAUUUCAGAAGUCAGAAAACAAAAAGGUCUGCAUCAACCUUCUGCUGAGAGAUUUUAUAGUUGUUGUAUAGCAAGUAAAUGUAUAAAGGCCUGGUGAGGCUCAGGAUUGUGGAUAAGCUAUGAGUAAUGAAGGCAAAUACUUAGAAUGUGAAUAUAGAAGGUACUAUGAAACUGACCUGCCAGGAAAGGACCAUAGUGUGGGAUGAGAGGAGAGGAGAGGAGAGGAGAGGAGAGGAGAGGAAAGAAGUGGAGAGGAGAGAGUGAAUGUGAGUGUGUGGUUGAACACAUGAUCAAUAGGUAAGGAAUGUGCUGAGAGUGUAAGGACGUGAACCAAUGAAUGAAAGAGCUGAAGAUGGGAAGAAGGAGCCAGAUGGAGAAACUCUGCAAGAAUGUUUCAUAUAGUUUCAUACCCAACUUUAACCCAAAAGCAAUGCUCCAAUGUCUGUGAAUGUAGCAUCAUUAUACCCAAACAAAGUAUCAUAAAAAAAACCUUAUGGACCUUAGUGUCCAAAAAGGCUAAGACCCUGAAAUUUCAUUUUAAUUCAGGUACUGCCAAAUUUGUUCUAUACGUGGGGGAACACAAAGACAAACAUACAGCAAUUCUCAUUCAGAGAAAUGGUUACAUUCUGUGUUUACAUACCUCAAUGUUUUUUCAGUCUUUCCAGAUGUUCAUUGUAUUGUACAACAUUCACACCCUGUAUUGAAAGAUCAUCACAUUUGCUCUCAUUUUGUUACAGUGGCCAUGGAGAGAGAGAAAGUUGCGAUAGGACUUAGAUUUAUAAGUAUCACCAUUUGUCAGUAUAUAUAUUUUUUAUUCUUUAUAAGGUUGUAAUAUGUCCUGGAAAGUCUUUUCUGCAUAUCUUCAUUUUUACUUUUACAUUUUCAAGCACCUGGUGUGCAGCUGAAAGAACAGAUCAAGCAUGUUUCUUUCUUUAUCAUGUCAUAUCUAAUUGGUAUCAAUUGUCUUUCUUUUGGAUAUUUUUAAUCCUAUUCUAAACAGGAAAUAUUUUACAAGGUACAUUUUAUCUUAGAUUAGUCUUAUAUUCUUUGUAAAAAAAAAAUCAAAACAAAAAGACAAUUCCUGAUAAUGUUAUCUUGUCAGGCUGGUUCAACAAUAGUCUUUAUAAUUUAUUGAUUCAGCAGCAAUAAAUGAUAGUAAAACCCCA